UUCCAGGGAGAACUAUCACAGGACAGCAAAAGAGGAAAAAGUACAAUGCUGAGGUUUGCUGUCACCCUCUUUGCUGUCGUUACAUCAUCUACCUGCCAAAAAUAUGGAUGUCUGGAAGGGAGCACCCACAAACUGAAGCCAAGUCCGGAGGCAAAUAUGCAUGAAUGUGCUCUAUAUUCUGAAUCUUCCUGUUGCCAUGCGGACUUCACAGAGCAAUUGGCUCAUUCCCCAGUAAUUAAAAUAAACAACAGCUACUGGAACAGAUGUGGGCAGCUCAGUCAAUCCUGUGAAGAUUUCACAAAGAAAAUCGAGUGCUUUUACCGGUGUUCUCCACAUGCCACUCGCUGGAUCCAUCCCAACCACACUGCUGCUAUUCAGUCCGUUCCCUUGUGCGAAAGCUUUUGUGAUGACUGGUAUGAAGCCUGCAAAGAUGAUUCCAUAUGUGUUCGUAACUGGCUGACAGACUGGGAAUGGGAUGAAAAUGGAGUAAACCACUGUAAGAACAAAUGUAUUCCAUACAGUGAGAUGUAUGCAAAUGGUACUGACAUGUGCCAGAAUAUGUGGGGGGAGUCAUUUAAGGUGAGCGAAUCCUCCUGCCUCUGCUUGCAAAUGAACAAGAAGGACACGAUGGCACUGAAGUAUCUCCUCUCUGAGAGCUCAGAGGAAAGCUCCAGCAUCAGCAGCAGUGAGGAGCAUGCCUGCCAAAAGAAACUCCUGAAGUUUGAGAAACUACAGGGAGAGGACGGGGAACAGACAAGAUAAAUGCUGGUGGAUGUAUGUCAGGAAAAGAGAAAUCUUCAUGGAGGCUGGGCUCAGGGAAUCACGCCAGCCUGCUUUAUGCCUUACUUCCUAGAACAUAAUAAAUCAAUGGCUGGUUAUAUUAA